UCUCUCAGUCAUAAUUUUAUAUUACUCCAGACUGAUUUCCUCUGCUGCAAAAAAUAGCAGGUGACUUAAUAGCUAAAAAUUGUCGAACUCCCCUUCAAUACCUAUGGCCAGUGAAAAGAUACUAAAAAGGCAACACUUCAGCAGCACAUGGUCAUUCAAGUUCAGUGGCUGUGGCUACGGCACCCGGGGAGGCACAAACCUUAUCUUCAAACAAAAGCGCGAAACGCUUUCACCUCUUCAGUCAGUCCGUGCGGAUCGCAGCUCUGUGCAGCUUCAUCUCGGAGAACAGUAGAGAAGAAAGAGUGAGUAGUUAAGAGGGAGCGAGCAAGCGAGAGAAGAAGGAGAGAGUAAAAGAGACGGAGAGAGAGAGAGAGGGGGAGAGUGAAACAAGAGUGAUCCCAAUUCGUCCCUUUUCCCCCCAUUUCAUUUUCAUCUCAAACCCCAGGCAUUGAUUGGCGCUUGGAUGAACCAAAACCUAUCGAUCUGUCAGUGCUACACCUGGAUCCACUGACCAGCACAGAGCAGCCAUGUCCCGAAGGAAACAGAGCAACCCAAGGCAGAUCAAACGACCAUUAGAAGAUGCCUUGCAAGAUGAAGAGGAAGAGUGUCUCUCUGAGGAAAAUGACAUCAUCACAAAAGAAGAAUUCUCAGUGGAGGAAAAUUUCUCCACGGACUUUGAACCGGAAAACUUGAGCUGUGAAGAUAUGGAAUACUUUUGCAGUAAAGGUGAGGAAGAGGGGACUCAGGGAGCUGUGGAAUCAGAUGGAGAUGGGCAAAGUGAGAAAGCCAGGCUUCCACCACUGGAAACAGGAGACUGGGAUGGGCCAGGAGAGCUAGAAGCUUUCCAGAAAGAUGGCGAACGCAGAAUUCACAGUCGACAGCAGCUACCUGUGGGAACUACAUGGGGGCCUUUCGUGGGGAAGAUAGAAAUGAGCACCGACAGCAACAAUUUGAAGACGAAGUGCUCAGUCCCGGUGGUGUUGAAUGCUGGCCCCAGGUGGCUUCUGGAUGUGACUUGGCAGGGAGCAGAAGACAACAAAAACAACUGUGUUGUGUACAGCAAAGGUGGCCAGCUUUGGUGUACCACAACCAAAAAUAUUGUGGAAGGCGAAGAGCUGGUAGCAUUCGCUGUAGAUUUCGACUCUAGGCUCCAAGCUGUCAGUCACAUGUCUCUGACUGAAGGAAUGUACCCAGCCCGCCUCUUGGACACCAUACAGCUGCUUCCUCAACAGGCUGCCAUGGCAUCAAUACUGCCUACUGCCAUUGUUAACAAGGACAUCUUCCCCUGCAAGGCCUGUGGGAUCUGGUACAGAAGCGAGCGGAAUCUGCAGGCCCAUCUGAUGUACUACUGCAGCGGAAGACAGAGGGAGCCGGAGACGGCGAUGGAGGAAAACGACACCAGCCCCCAUCACACCCCCAGCGUCUGCCCCUUCCCCCAGUGCAGCAAGAGCUUCUCUGGAGCACGGGCUCUGGAAAUGCACCUGACCACCCACAGCAGUGUCAAAAUGGAAGAGACUCUCCCUCCUGGCACCAGCUUGAAAUGCACAAUCUGUAACUACACAGCAGACUCUCUUAUUACAUUCCAACACCACAUCCUCUCUCACCUGUCACAGGCUGCCUUCAGAUGCAAUCACUGCCAUAUCAGCUUCCAAAACCACAGGGAACUCUUGCAGCAUCAGGAACUACAUGGGCAUGGCAGCAAACUUCACAGAGAGAGCGACAGCGAGCACUCCCCCCGGGGCAAUGAGGAAAACCUGCAGCAGGCGCGAGCAGAGCUGGUGAACAGGAAGGAUGUCCUCCAGAGUCCCAAAAGCGCACACGGCAAGGAUAUCAACUCUGACGUGGAACUGGAGAAGACAGAGAAGAAACCCAUGCUGUCUUCCCAGAAGGGUGAGGCACACCCUGGGAAUAAGGUGAAUUUUUCGUACACGAGAAUAAAGUCCGAGCCGUCGAGCCCGAGGCUCGCUUCGUCACCAGUCCAGCCCAACAUGGGGCCUACAUUUCCCAUGGGACCAUUCCUGUCUCAGUUUGCUUUCUCACAGGAUAUUUCAGUUGUUCCUCAAGCCUCUGAGAUACUAGCUAAAAUGUCAGAAUUGGUCCAUCGCAGAUUACGACAUGGAGGGAGCAGCUACCCCCCGGUGAUUUAUAGCCCCCUAAUGCCAAAGGGGGCUACCUGUUUUGAAUGCAAUAUCACUUUUAACAACCUGGACAAUUACCUAGUACAUAAAAAGCAUUAUUGCAAUAGCCGCUGGCAACACAUGGCCAAGUCGCCCGAUUUCUCUGCCGUCUCAGAAAAGGUGACAGAGGCCGUAAGUCCCAACAGUGGUCACAGUUCUGUCAGCCUACUCAACACCGUCUGCCACCCUUCUGAUCCUGACAGCCAUCUCAUUCAGUCUGCCUGCUUGAAUUCGUCGGUGUUGGAUCUGAUCAACUCCAGUGGCAAAGCGCCUGAUAAGGAACUUCCGGGGCAAGUAAAAAAGGUUUCAACUCCUACUGGAAACGACGAGAGGCUCAACGGGAAGCAAGCGGAUGUGAAAAGCCCGAGCACAUCUCUAGGAGACAAUGAAAACGACCCAAACAAGACAACGUGCGAGGCAUGCAACAUAACCUUCAGCCGUCAUGAAACCUACGUGGUCCACAAACAGUAUUACUGUGCUACUCGUCACGAUCCUCCAAUGAAGCGCAUGUCUACAAACAAAGUGCCUGCAAUGCAGAGAACAAUGCGAACUCGCAAGCGUAGAAAGAUGUACGAAAUGUGUCUCCCGGAUCAAGAGCAAAGGCAGCAGCUUGGGCAGCCAGGUUUCCUUAGCGUGACAUCGCUGGGAAGCCCUUGCACCUCCCAAGAAGUAGCCGAGAAUCUAAGCGACCGAUUCCAUCCCAGAUGUGACGUGUUUCCGGGAAUGGUUCCGAAACAUCUGGAGGCUUCCCUCACUGUCACAAAAGCAGUUCUGGCGCCCAAAUGCAAUACGCUAGACAACCAGGAGCUGGAUGCCCCCAUAGAUCUCAGCAAAAAAUGUUCUCCUCAUUCAGAAAAGUCAUGCAAUUCCCCAAAAAGACUUCUGGACUACCACGAAUGUACAGUGUGCAAGAUCAGUUUUAAUAAAGUGGAGAAUUACCUAGCACAUAAACAGAACUUUUGCCCUGUUACAGCUCCCCAGCACAACGAGAUCAGCAACCUGGACCAAACAAUGUUCCCAGACGUAAAAAGCGAAGGCAAUAAUCCUGACGACAGCUUUGACAAAAGCCCAGUAAAAUGUGAUAAGAAUGGAAGUGCCAAGCUAAUUGCACAGAAUGGUAGUGUGUUCUCAUCACAUCUGGGGACCUUGCCAGGACUCAAAGCUUUCAGUGAGGGUCAGCUUAUUUCAGCUAAAGAAGAGAACAAGAAUUUGUUUCUGCCACAUUGCCUUUAUCCCGGAGCAAUAAAGAAAGUCAAAGGGGCUGAGCAAAUAUCACCAUACUAUGGGAUAAAACCGACUGACUACAUUGCUAGCAGUCUGGUCAUGCAGAGUGAAACAAGCGAGCAGGAUCAGAGCACAAACGGAGGAACUGACACUGUAAAAGAGCAGCCGGCGCCAAAUGGUUGCCCUCAUCCGAACAAAGAGCCUCUGCCCCUGUUGCCUAAAAACAGAGGCAUGGUAAUAGUUAAUGGUGGACAUAAACCAGAGGAUAGAUCAGGCCCCGUUACCGUGCAGCAGGAAAACCUCCCCCACAACUCCCAGCAACCCGACAGUCACCCUUCUCCAACAUGGGUUUCAGAAAAUCCAGCGGAUGCAAACGAAAAUGUGUCGCCUUCCGUUAAAUCCGCGCCAGAGGAGGUGUUGCCCUCCAUCACGAAAGGUGUAAAUGGAUCCACUCAAGCUGCUGGUAGUGGGAAAUACUGCCGCCUCUGUGAUAUUCAGUUUAACAAUCUGUCGAACUUUAUAACUCACAAGAAGUUCUACUGCUCCUCACAUGCAGCAGAACAUGUGAAAUGAAGUUUUACCUUGAGUUUUAUUUUUUCGGGGUGGGGUACCCAGCUGUGUUUGGAAUAGUGCAUCAUGCAGUUUUAUAUGCUGCUUGUGGACAAUCAAGAGACGCUUCUUCUUCUUUCCUUAUUUUAAGACUUAAAUGCAAAUCAUUGGUAAAAAUCAAGUGUAAUAUUGGUGCCACUUUCACCUACUUUUAUUUAUUUUACAAUCAGUAUUAAUAGGAGUAGUGAACUUAAUUUAAAUGAAAUAAAUUUAUAUCAGAGUUGUUUGUAAUGUUAUUGUAUAGUCAUUCUUGUGUAGCACACAUUGUUUACAUUGUAAUGUAGACUCAAUGAUACAAUAGACACAGAAUACAGAAGAAAUGCAUUUUAGACAAAAUAGCUACAAAAGCACUUGUGUAUUUCUAUCUUAUUUGCGGUUACAGAUUUUUGUAUAUGCAUAAAUAUAAUUUGCAGCUACAAUUUAUAUGACUUCUUGCCUUAAGCCACUGAUUUGGGUGAUAACCAGGCACAAUCCUGCAUCUUAUAUUUCAGCAUAUACACUGGUCACUCGGCUUUGCAUAUGUAUGUAGCUGUUUGUCCUUGUCUUUUUACUUAAAACUCAGAAAUGUAUGUUCUAAUGAGGAUGGCGGCGUUCUUGUAUAGUACUUGUAUUUUUGUUUGCUGAUGCCUUUUGGUCUCCCUUUUUAAAACUUUGCUCUCGACGCAAUACUUUCUAAAAGAAAAAAAACUACUGAAAGCAGUAUUACAAAAGGGUGGUUUCUCAAGCUUUUAUUUGUAUCCCAUGAAAAAGAAAUUCUUAAAAGAAUUGUUUAUUGAUGUUGCUAAACAAGGAGGGGAUGGGAUGGGGAACACUAAUGUAACAUGAUCAUUCCAAUGUCCUAAUAAUGAAAAAAAAAAUCUUAACAACGUUGUUGCUAUGCAUGUAUAUGGAUGGAAUAAAAUUCCAGAACUGUUGGAAAUUUUUAUUUUGAUGUGGUGUCAUAAUUAAACAACAAUCCUCAGGAUAAA